AAGAUUCAAGGGGGCCGAAUACUUUUGCAAGGCACUGUAUAUAGGACGAAGAGACCAAUAAGCCCCAAUCAUACAGUACAGAUGAUAAAUCAAUCCUCCCAAGAAAAUAAAAAAUGAAUUUGAAAACAUUUAAAACUUGCACUUAACAUAAUUUAGCGAGCCGCAAACACUGUGGACAGGAAGUGGAGAACACCCUGAUUGCCAGUGAAUCACAGGGCACAUACCGACAAACAACCCAUAGACUUCCUAAUGAUAUUGACUGGGCGCGGGGCCAUUUAAUAGGGGGCAUAUCUCCCUCAAAGCUGACCUAGUGGAAACAAAGAGCUUUUAAUGUUUUUUUUUUUGUGAAUAAAUGCUUAAAUCCCUGAAUUCUUAUAUAUAUGGACGUAAAACAGUCUCGAUUCUUGGUUAAAAGCAAAAAAAAAAAAAAAAAAAAAAAAAAAAACAGGCAGUUAGCAUUAAUUAUACGUAAAUAUGUUGAAUGUGCUGCUAGCCUUUGAGCCACUGUAGCGCCGCCUUAACACCACAAAGAGCUUUUCCCGUUGAAAAUUCUUGUGAAUAAAUGUUUAAAUCCUUGAAUUAUUUGUAGAUAUGGACGGAAAACAGUCUCGUUUCUUAAUUAAAAGUAAAAAAAUGGUGCAAUUAGCUUUUAUUUUACGUAAAUUUGUCGAAUGUGCUGCUAGUCUUUAAGCCACUGUAGUGCCGCCUUAUAACCACAAAGAGCUUUUUCCGUUGAAAAUUCUUUUGAAUAAAUGUUUAAAUCCCUGAAUUCUUUAUAGAUAUGGGCGUAAAACAGUCUCAAUUCUUGGUUAAAAGCAAAAAAAAAUAUGCAGUUAGCAUUUAUUUUACGUAAAUAUUGUGAACUGUGACCCCAAUGCCGUAGUGGCUAGAUUCUCUCAUUGAUUUUUUCAAAAUACAUGAAUGGUAUGAAAAAAUAUAAUAAUUACGUUGAAUCCUCAAACAAAUCACUCCUGAGACAAUCCUUCCUGUUUGUGUGGGGUACAGCUUUCGUACUUUUUCAACCUAAAUCAGGCGUUGGAUCGCUGUGUGCGUGUGUUUGAGAAUAACUCCUCUUAUGUGGGUAGGGACUGACGGGUAUGACCAGUCAAUAAAAUUAUAAAGUUUAUGAACAACCUCACGCACUGACACUAACACCAAUUUGGCGUGUUCAAUAAACCUAGCAAGCAAACAAGCUUAGGGGAUGUGGGAGGUAACCAGAGUACUCAGGGAAAACACACCCAUGCACAGGGGAGAGCAUGCAAACUCCACACAGAAAUGAAUCCUUGAUCUCAAAACUGUGAGGCAUUAAGCUAAUCAGUGAUCCACCGUGCCGCCCAUUUUUGAUCCAGUUUUGUUUUAUUCUGAAUACACCAGUUCCAUAUAAGUACAUUCUGACGUAAAAUAGAUAGUUGCUGACCUUCAUUGUAAUUUGUUCUUGGUGAGAGUCAACAUGUAUAGUAUAUACGUAUUUGCACCCUGGCAAGAUAUGGAAUAUUUUGCACAAAUAUUUUCUGGAGGUCAACAGAUACAUUGGCCGGCCAAUAUAAUGUAUCAGACAGAUGUAUCGACUUUUUUUCCCCCAACAUCCGCCACUGGCUGAUUAACAAAAAAAAAAAAAAAAAGCCAAUUUUAAAAAAAGAAAAUUAAUCGGUGAUCUGUGUGGGCAACUAGAGCUGAAACAAAUACUCGAGCCACUCGAGUAACUCGGGUUUAAAAACUGAUCCGAGUAAUGUUAUUCACCUCAAGGAAUCGUUUAAUUAUGCCAGCUCUAAGCAUCACGUUUUGCCCGGACUACUUUUAAUGCGGGACAACGCGCUGAUGUCACGUGCAUAGAGGAAGAAGCAAUAGAAAAAUAUAAAAAACCUUUCUGCUGCCGACAGCCGCUACAAACUACGCCGACGUUGCUAAAAACUAGCCUGCAUGAUGCUACGGUGGUAGCAGUUAGCAUCUGAUGCGUCUCAUAGAUAUCACAUGUAUGUUGAAUUAGAUGUGAAAUGACAGAGUCAGCACUGUUAGUAAACAGCCGCCAUCUUAAAGCAGUACACUUCUCAGCGCUAAUAAGAUUAACGUUACUGUCACUUGCUCACGUUAUGUGAGCCCUAAGGAGGGCUAGGUUUCUAUUAAUUAUGACCACUGCAGAUGCGUGGCUAACGUGUCUUACAUACAGGCUUUAUUUAAUCUGUGAAAACAUAGUGUUGUAGAGUGAUGAGGGUGUAAAAUGAAAAUAUGAUCAAGCUAACUGUCAAUUUUAGCUCAGUAGUCAUUGCUGGAUUAAACACAAGUAGCACUGGUCCCUAAUGUGCUCCAAUACAGCAGGUAUCAUACUGUAACGUUGAGAACGUGUCACCCGCUUCGUUAGGUUGCAAUUAUUUCUUUUUUGGGAACUUGUGGAAUGACAACAACAACAGGAAGGCACGUCUCUCGCUCUCCCGCACCUCCCUCACCCCCGCACGUCACGCGGUGCAUUCAGGACGCAUGCAAAUAUCCCCGCCAUAUUAUAACCUGAUAUGUUACAAUACAUUUAUUUUGAACACUGCAAAAACUCAAAAUCCUAUGAGGAUUUACAGUUUAAACUAACUUAAAACUUAACUAGAACUUAAAAAUGGCUUGACACACAUAGAAAUUCAAUUGAAACACAUGGGAAAAACACCUAACUUUUAAGUGAUGUGUGUUAUCAAGCGUAGUGGCAUUUUUAGGUAAGAAAUAUAAUAUAUAUAUAUAUAUUUAUAAGAUCUAAAAGUUUAUGGAGUGAAAGCAGUGAAUUGGUCUUUUUUUUUAUUCUAGUCACAUCUGAGAGGCAAUUGUUGGCUGUUUUCAACAAUGUACAUAGAAAAUAAAGACAUUUAUUGACUGAAAAUGGUUCAAUAUUAGAUGAUAUUUCUUGUUUUCUCAUGUAUAUUUAUAAUUGCUCUUUACCUAAUUUUUUUUUUAUCCGAUUACUCGAUUAAUCGAUAGGAUUUUUAGUCGAUUACUCGAUUACUAAAAUAUUUGAUAGCUGCAGCCCUUGUGGCCAUCGAUGACUCACGAUAGGACCCCGGAAGGACCCUGGAACAGCUUGAAGGCAGGCUGCUACAGGUAGCUUCAGACUUGCCAGUUUUGGAAAUAAUGUAAGUUUUUUUUUUUAAUUUAUUUUUUUAUCUUGCAUUAAACAAUAUAUUAUCUUAUUAUGUCUUAUGUUAACAUUAUGUAAUUGAUGCUUUAGCCUUUAAAACUGUUUACUGAGUGAACAGUUUCACACUGCAAAUAUAUUAGCGUUGCAUUCGUGUUAGCGUUAGCAUGGCGAGUUUCCUCUUAAACUCACCCUCACAUGUCUACAUCUCAUCGUGCUGUUCUGGUGGGUUUAAUUAUUUUAAAAUAAUGUACUGUUCUUGCUGAGCGUGUAUAAUCCUAAAAAAAAGUGCUGCGAAAUUCCGCGCACAUCAAAAUAACCCUUUAAGUACCCCUGAAUACCCCCUAAAUCUAAAAAUAACUAUUCAAAAAUAUGUAUUAUACAUCGUAUUAAUAAAAUAAACAAUAAAAUACUGUACUUACCAUCAAUGCUGGGAGGUGAUACUGUUUACGUGACUGUCUUUUCCUCAGCUCUAAGAUUCGGUAGCAAUUUACUUUCGUUAUGUUUUCAGUUUGAUUUCACUAUCUUUCCAAAAUGCCAUGUCGACAAUUGCGACAUUUGGUUACUGAUUUUCGUCUUACUGCGAAGAAAGGAAAUGACGAUCGGCCCGUCAUGGUAUGUACGUCAUCAGCCCUCGCGCUGUGACCCGGGAAUUAACUGACUGCUUUCAUACAUGCUGCAUCUCGGACAUAUUACUAGGUCACGACCCGGUUAAUCUCCUGUCAUCCCCGUGUCAGUCGACCUAAGUAAAAUAACGGCCGAGACUACGGCAUCGUAAAGUCGAAAUCACGUAUUCUGGGUAUGUCGCAACCCAGGGACUACCUGUAUUACAUCCUUUAAGCCACAAUACCCAGGCUAGAGUUUAAGUCAGCUGUCAGCAACCCAUGGACUACCUGUAUUACAUCCUUUAAGCCACAAUACCUAGGCUAGAGUUUAAGUCAGCUGUGGUGAUUACUCUAAGACUGCGAAGGCUGUGCUUCCCUUGCAGUCAUCCAGUCUUUGCAGAAAGCCCGCAAUCAGUUUGAUGAAGACAUGUCAACAAGGCACAUGGAUUACUGGAACCAUAUCCUAUGGUCUGAUGAGACAGGCGGGCUUUCUUGUGUACCGUCUUCAGAAGAGGCUUCCUCCUGGGGUGACAGCCAUGCACACCAAUUUGAUGUAGAGUGCGGCAUAUGGUCUGAGAACUAACAGGCUGACCCCCCACCUCUUCAAUUUCUGCAGCAAUGCUGACAGCACUCCUGUAACGAGUCACAUGACAUUUUGGAGGAAAAAUGACAAGCAGUACUCAAUUUGGACAUUUAAGGAUGUAUGUUUUUGGUAGGGGUGUACUCAUUUUUGUUGCCAGGAGUUUAGAUAUUAAUGGCUAUAUUUUGAGUUAUUUUGAGGGGAAUAUAAGUGAACUCUACUAUACAAGAUGCACACAGACUACUUUUCAUUGUGUCAAAGUGUAAUUUUGUCAAUGUUGUCCCAUGAAAAGAUAUACUUAAAUAUCUACAGAAAUGCGAGGGGUGUACUCACUUUUGUGAUACACUGUACAGCUAUAUUUUUGCUGUGGACUGAGGGAAAAAAACCUGGGGAUUUAUGGUGUCAAGUUGCCAACUACUGAUAUUGUCUUCCCGCUGUAAGGAAACAAAUGUCAAUGGAUGGCAGUGGAAGAUGGAUGUGUUCUGCCACCAUUUAGGAAUAGUGGUCUUAAGCACACUCAUAUUUUGCUUGUAUCUCAAAACCCGUUAACAAAGUCACUCGUAUCUCAAGGUAUCACUGUAUUAGAUUAUUGAAUUGGAUUCACAACAUUAAUGUAAAUCUACACUUGACUUUGACAGAAACAUGCACCUGUAUUAACCAGUGUGGAUUUCACACAGUUAGGCCUUGAUUUGUGGCUUGUCGAUCUCUAGCUGCAUGUUCUCUUACAAACUCAAGCCUGCGUAGCUCAUUAUUGCACUGCUCUAAGUAGUAGUCUUUCCUGUGCAACAACAAUCAGAGGCUUUUAGUGCAAAAAGCUUUGGUGAAUAAUUCAGUACUGAUAUUAUUUGCUGAGGCUAGCAGAAACAGGACAGGGCUUCUAAACGCCGUAAAUGGAUUUCUUCCACGAGAUCUCCCCAGGAGGGGAUGAGGCGAGGUGUUGCUUGCGGUGGUAGGUGGUCCGAUUGGCGAGGGGAGGAAAGGGAUGCACUCCCACUCACUAAUUGGUUUAGACAUUUCCAAGUAAGACACUCCCAGUUGGGUGGACCUGCUAGGUCCAUCUGCAGUGUAGUGUGGGCUUAUAAGCGCCGAAUCGCACCGUUCGACCUUGCUCAUGAGCCGACCCCAAAGAAACCGGGUGAGUUUGUGGAAAGAUCUUUCCGCCAAAGGCCAACGUUUGUUUAGCAUGUGCGAAGGAUCAACUUUUAAGUGUGGACCUUGCAUGUUGCCCAGAUUUCAAACCUCCUCAAAUUGGCUCACAUGGGUAAAAUGUCAAUUAUUGCACCAUGUGUUUAUGUUUAUGCUGUUGUAACAUUAUGAUUCAUUAUGAGAGAAUACCAUUUCCAGCACUUAGCGUAGUUACACAUGUACAGUAUAGUGUAAAAUUGACAAAACGACUUCCAUGGCGACAGUCAUUCAAAGAUCAUCAUGGCAACCUUUUUAACAAUGUCAAUUGGCAAUAUAUAUAUUCUAUAUAUAUUUGUAGCGUACAUCAGGUAUUUGUCCAAUAUUUAAUAUUCAUUUAAAUGUGUAUGUAUGAUACUGUCAUUCCAAAUUAUGAACUUUAAUGUAACUUGAACUUAUUCAUUUUGACAUUUAAUGGCCAUAGUUUGAAGAGUCUAGCUCUAGACUAGUCUAGCGCUACAUGUUGAAAAUACCAAUGGUACCAUGUACGAGUACAUUUUUUUUUACUUUGCAUUAUUGGCGUAAGCAGCACACUGCUGCCCUCUGUUGAUUCAUGUCAAGUGUUGGUUUCUCCUUGUGGAUUUCAAAGGAAUUAUUGGUUAAUAAGGCGUUUAAACAUGGUUUUUCUGAAGUCGAACUGGAAGCUUUUCCAUUGGCAAGUUUUGUGUUUGGUGAGUUGGAAAAGAACAAGUGUGACAAUUAUUUUGGGUCAAGCUGGCCUAGAUGUUUGUUUAUUUAAUCGAUUUGUGGUUUUCCCUUUUUUUGUCCACUCUGAGUCGGAUUGUGUUCACCUUUUCCCUUGUUGCAUGUCUGGAUGGCUUAAAUAGCAUGUGUCUUGUUUCUUGAGCACCUGAAUGCUGCCUAUCAGUGUCACGCUGCCCAUGGCGCACCUGUCGGAGGAGGGGGAGGCAGGUGUGGAGGGUUUGGGUCGUGUUGAUUACAAGAUGCAUGGCCAUUGUACAGCCCAGCGGACGAGAGCUCCUUUCUAAUGGGAGCAGCUGCUAUUUAAAGGAGGUGGACCGUUAGCUCCGUGUGUGUGACUUCUUCAUAAUUUGUCAAGGAGGUAAAAGUGGGUGGGAGGGGUCGGCAUGUUUACGGGAGGCUAUGCCAGUAGCCCUCAGGGGAUUCCCAGCACGCUCAAGUCUGGUCACUGUCCUGCUGAACACCUGCAGAUCCCCAAACCGUCAGCGCCGAGCAGCGGCGUUCGCAAGAGCAACAGUAGCGGCAGCGGAAAGAUGCUGUCCAUGACGUACAGCGAGAGCAUCCGGAGCGGGAUCCACCGCUACCACUCGGACCAAGGGCUCAACCAGCCCCCGAGCAGGCCCACCGACCAGGCCGAGCUGCAGCGCCUGCGAGAACAAAGGGUCGCUGCUCAAAUAAAGAAUAUGGAAGACUUUCUGAAGAUGAACGGCCUGGCCCUGGAAGAGUGUGUGUCUUACCAGACAGGCAUGAAGUACAGGUAAGAAAGCAGUAUUCAGAACCACCAAAGUGUGUGCUUGAAGGAAUCCAGAUGUUUGUUGGUCUACACAUCACAUUCGUAUGAGAGUAGAUAGUAGAUCUUUUAUAUUACUUUGGACUUUCAACAUUGGUCAGUUGCAUAUUUGCCCUACUACAUAAAUGUAUUGAAGUUAUGCAUCCCGCAUAAGAGUGGUAGCAUGCUCUCUUGAAAUUAAUUGUUGUUUCAGGGCUAUGGUGUCUCCAAAUAGGAGUGAUGAACUCAAUUGGCCAGAAAAAAAAUAAUCAUGUGGCUUGAUGUCUUUCGUAGAAAUCUCUUGUAGCAGUUGUUUAAAGUGGACUUAGUUCGUAUGCAAGUGGACCGUGAAAGCAAAGCAUUAAAAUGAUGUUAUUGUAUCAGCACCAAUAUUCAGAAUGUUUCUGUCAUGGUUGGUUACCCGUGCAGGCUGCUGCUACAUGUGAGUGUAAAAGGUCUUUAACAUGUAAACAAGGUCAAGUAUUAUGUGACUGAUUAUCCACUUGUAUGCCAUGUUAGGUUUUGCGUGCUGCAUUUCUUCUGUCUUGAGAACGGAGAAUUCCAAGGUCAAAAGAAAUAUGUGCAAUUGUUUCGUAAUAUAUCUUUAUGUCAUCAGAUUAGUGCUGCAACAAUUAAUAGAUUAACUUGAGUAAUUUGAUUAUGAAAAAAUGUUCAAAUCAAAUUUUGCUGUUCUAGGAUUUUUUCAAUUGUUAUGUUAUUGUCGGCAUUGUUAUGGUUUGUUUUGACAGUGUUUAGUUCUAUUGAUUUGCAUGGAUACAAUGCUCUGUAGUGGUAACAGUGAAUAUGACAUAACCCCCGAACAUGACUGGAUCCAGCUGCUCCCUGUUAAGACUCACAUAAGGUUGUAAGUUUUUGUUUGUUUAUGCAUUUGUAAUUUAGUUUUGAGGUACAUUUGGCAGUUUUUUUAUGUGGAAAUAUGUGUUUGAAUGAUUUGUUAAGAGCACUGUAAAAAAAAAUAUGAGCAUUUUAUAGCAUUUAAGCUAGCGGACGUUUACUAUGCAAGUUAGCCAAUUGUACUUUGAUCCUCGAUUCUUAUGUUUUUCAUUCCGUUUGAAGCCAAGCUCAGGUAUUUUAAUUUAUUUUAAAAUGUAUUUAUUGUUCUUGUGAAAUGAAAGUGCAAUACUGCAUAGUUUGAAUAGUAUUUCAAAAAUGCAAUAUUAGCAAGCCUUUGUUUUACAUCUCCUAAAAUUUAUCCUGCAAUGCAAUAAAUGUUCGUAAUCUGAUACUCGAUUAUUUGAACUACCGUAUUGGCCCGAAUAUAAGACGGCCCUGAUUAUAAGACGACCCCCUCUUUUUCAAGACUCAAGUUUGAAAAAAGACUUUUUGAACACCAAAUUAAUUUUUAUACAGAAAAUAAUUACAGUACAUACGAAACAAAGGAUUAUAACCAUUUAUUUGAGAGACAAAGCAUGUUAUUUUGCCUCAUUCAAAUCUUAAUAUCUGAACAUUUAAAUAUGUAAACUGAAGUGCAAUCACGUUCGUAAAUGAAUGGCUUCUGGUUUUUGAAAUGUAAAUAAACCAAUUUAUUUUGAUGAAACAACAAAUUUGCAAUAACUGCAUUAACCAUCAAAGUGAGGUCUAACUGUAACUGUAGUCUUGAAAGAAAUCUGAAUAAGGAAAAACAUUGCAAUAAAAUAAUGCAAACUGGUUAAACUUAAGAGUAGCUGAAAUCUGCCAUGACAGAACAUCGCUUCAAUGAUAUCUGGUGCCAUCUAGCGUCGUGAAUGGGUAUAAUGUCUCGAACCCGAAUAUAAGACGACUCCCACUUUUUCAGUCUUAUUUCAAUGCAAAAAACACAGUCUUAUAUUCGGGAAAAUACGGUAAUAGAGAGAUAGAGUAAUUGAUUACUUAAAUAAUUGAUAGCUGCAGCCCUACAACAGAUUUAUUUGUGAUCAGUGUUUUCAAACAAGGGUCCCACUGGGACAACAUUUGCUGUUGCCAAGUGUUUCAUGAAGUUAUAUGAAUAAUGUCCAUUAGGUUUUUUUUUUUUCAGCAAUGGCCAUUUACAUUUUCAGUGUUUUAUUAUUAUUUUUUUUCUACUUUAAUGUAUAUUGUAUCCCUGCUACUCGACCAGGCCCGACCUCAAAUAGCGUACAUACAUAGUACGUAAUUUUCAAAGGGUCCAUGUCUAUUGGAAAAAGAUCAGUAUUUUUAAAUGUUUUGAUUUUUAUUUUUAAGGGCUACAAAGCAAAAAUUAUUAUUUCAGCAGUACAAUAAUGUUGCUAAAAUAAACAAAAACACAAUUGCACAGCUGCAGCAGAAAUAAACCCCACAUCUAACUAGCAUCAUGCAAGAGUGAUAAUUGGAAAUUAUAUCAGUUAAUGAAGACACAGUCCAACAACGACUUGCAGUGUGUGAAAACUAAGCAUUUUGUGUGGCGGAAAGGAUUGCAAUUACAUUUUACACAAUUUAAUACCCCACUUGAAAAACAAACAUCCAAUGCUAUACUCCGUGCUUACUGCAGCCACUAAUGUAGAGACAGACAACUGACACUGAAAGAAACUUUGCAGAACAAAGAAAAAAUGUCCAGCAACAGUGAAAAAUCUGUGAAAAUUACGACAUAAUUGCUUUGGAUGACCAACUUCUUUUUAAUAUAUGUUUAUAUAUGUAAAACAAAAUUUUCAAACAUUGUUUCUUUGCAACCUUAUUUUGUGCUGCAUGAUGAAUGUGAUGAAAGAAGAAUUUGAUAUCUUUUCAUUUGGAUUAAACCACUGCUGCACUAAUCCUUUUAUACUGUAUGGCUAUCAUGUGGGGAUAGUAUUAUUUCCAAAAAAAAAAAAAAAAAUGGAUAGGAUUCUCUCCCCAUCCAUUGCUUAGGUAUCUUAUUGGCCCUUGGUAACUGCAGAUCCUCAAAAUCAGGUGUCUCAGGUGCAAAAAUGCAUGAUCUUGACAUCCCUAGUAGUAUGAAUUUGUUACCUUCAUAAUGUGUGAAUAUGCUAAGUAUUGUAAACAACAGAUAAAUUACAUACUAAAACCCUACUGUUGAUGUGUAAGAUGAGUUAAUCAAACCUUUGUAGUUUAAUUCUGAUGAAUAUGUAGCUAAAAAAUAUUAAGUCAAAGUUUAUUUUUCAAUAAUUUUGAAAUGCAAAUGUCCUGUCAGUCACUUCCCAAUAAAAUUACCUAAUAACAGUAACGAGUUUUGAAAAUUGAUUUCCACUGUUUGGUGCCUGGAAAAAAUAAUAGUCAUUUUGAAAACAAAAUGAAUGAAAAUAUAUGUGGCGGAAAACACAGACAAGGCUGAAAAAGCAGUUUCUGCUCUUGCACCCCUCUUUAAAAUAAACUGCUGUAUUUUAAGCCAAAAGAACUGUUGUGUUUAAUAGUACAAUAUGUCUAUAUGCUGCCACAGCACAGUCAUGGCGCAUCAAGUCCCCAAACUAUUUUUAAUUUGUCCGUUUUACCCUGGAAACCCCUGUUUACAGACAUCGCACAACCGCUUUUGUUUCAACCUAGCCAUAAAAAGAAGGUAAGUAAUCGUAUUUAUUAUUCGAAAUGUUUAUCAUUUUUAGCUUGGAAUCGUUAAUGGAUGUUUAAUGUUUAAAAAAUAAAUAAAUAAAUAAAAUAAAAAAUAAAAAACUUUUUAUAAAAUAUUCACUUGCAUAUUUUAAACUUUUACACAAAUUACGUCACAAUGAAAAAAAAUGGCAUCUUUAAAUAAGUCACGGAUAUCUACCUCAUAACUAUCGCUUAAUUGUAUUUUUUUCAUUAUUGUUGAAUUUUUCCAAAUAUUUUUUGAUGAUAAAUAAUCAAUCCAAACAAAGAAAAAUUGAGAAAAAAAAAAAAAGUUUAAAAGGGUAAAUAUAUGAAAAUGAACAUCAUGACCACUCCUUGAUGUCUGCGAUUUUUGCAUCGCGACCCUUGUUAUAUUACCAUGUUUCACCCAUAAAAUUCCCCCCAAAAUCCGGCUGUGGCCAUUCACAGCUGUGUCUUGACACUCGGUGAUACAUGCUACAUGGAGUUUUAGGAUCGAAAAGAGGUAAGUACACGAUAAUAUCUCGUUAAAAUCAUGGCGUCUUUAAUUAUGCUCUCAUGUGCUCUCACCUCCAGUUAGGGUUUUGCUUUUAAUUUUUUUUUUUCUUUAAAUGCACUCCUGUUCAAAAAUUUUCUUCCCCCAGAAAAUUGGGAUUUUAAGCUUUCCAAUGAUGUAACACACAUGCGUAUAGGACAAUUUUGAAAUUUGGCCAAAUUGGGGGUCUCAGAGCGGAACUUUAAGUCACCUGAGUGUUUUCCGCCAUAUGCAUUCAUUCAUAUUCCAUUCCGCUUAACCUUAUAAGGGCCGCAGGGGUGCCAGAACCUCUCCCAGCUAACUAUGGGGAGCAGGCAGUGUACACCCCUAAUCAGUUGCCAAUCCAAUCACAGGGCACAAGGAGACAAACAACCAAUCACUCACACACUCAUACCUAAGGAGAAUUUGAAGUGGUCAAUCAGCUUACCAUGCAUGUUUUUGGGGAUGUGGGAGGAAAAUGGAGUAUCUGGAGAAAAUCCAAGCAGGCACGAGGGGAACAUUCAAACUCCACACAGGAAGGCCAAUUUAACCCUUGAUUUCAGGACUAUGAGGCGGACAUCCUAAUCAAUUACCCACUGUGCCUCCUUAAAAUAUCUGUUUCAAGAAACAUCAUCCAGAAACAAUUGUAAGAAGAACAACUGCCAAUGAAACAGGCUCAGCUAGUGCCUUAAAGUUACCUGGUUGUCUGUAGUUGUAUGCAUAUUUCACACCAUGACAUGCAUGACUGCUCCUGCCGCUGUGGUUGUUGGCAGAUAUCAGUGACUAGCGUGCUAGACCUUGUGCGUGAGUGGUCUUGAGGGGUCUAUGAGGCUUGUAUUUCACAGAAGCUGGUUUGUCUUACAGAUUUUAAGACGGCGGAUAUACUGUAUCAGUAUGUUAGUGGCCAUCUAAAUCAUUUAUUCUACCCCACUACUACACUACUCUCAUUUACUUUCUUUAAUCAUUUAUUUAUCCAGACAAACUGUACACGUACUGGACAUUUGGUUGGUUUUAUUUAUUUAUUUAUUUUUUUCCAGCAUCUUUCCUUACAGGUACGUCGUGAAGCACAUGAUGUUACGCCUGUGUGAUUUCUGUUGCACAUGUGUACCUGCAUAUCAGUUAUGUCCCUCACUAUAUGUGUGUGUGUCUCUCUCUCCCUCUCUCUGACACUCUUUCCGUCUCUGUAUAUAAACGUCCCUCUCACCACUCGUGAAUUGGUAUCUGUGUCAUCCUCUAGCUCGUGUCCUCUACGAGUGGCCUAGGAGGUUAAGAGUUCUGCGCAGUUUUUUAGCUGUUCCAUGAACUAUUCUUCUGGGCUGAGGCUUCAGAUGUUGUUCUUGGGAUUUGUUGGAGCCAUUCUCCCAGCUUGGGGGUUACUGCCAUGAGUAGUCCCAUUUCCAUAUCCGCCCCAACUGCUCUUUCAGUCCUUGGUACUUUUUUUUUAUUUUUAUUUUAUUUUCCCUUCAGGCAUGACAAAUCCAAACAAACAUACAGCAUUUAUAUGUGUUUACAAUUAAUUCAACCCGAAAAGAAAAGGGCUGACGGGAGAAGCCGAAGCUUAUUGAAACCCGUCCCCAGUAUACCAUAUAGGACGCAGAAAAUAUCGAAUAUCAAUUUUUGGCAUUCAGAUUUCGUCGUGAUUACAAGUUUUUUUUUUUUAUAAUAACCAUCCCCUCUGAUUGUUUAUUUUCCCAAUAGUCCAUUGUCGAUUGUGGCAAUGUGCUCCUUAUGUUGAUUAGAUCCAGUAGAUUAGUUCAUAAUUCAGUAGUUAGUUUCUUCAGUUGAUUCGAUCCGGAAGAUAGGGAAUAGCUGAGGACCGAUGGUAGGCCGUGUCCGCCACCCUCCUUUUGUCGACUUAAUCCUCAUCGCAGUUAUCAUUCCUUGCUGACUCCUGACGAACAUUCAUCUCAAGGUUGCGCAGCUUCGUAGUAGGUUGCAUUGCCAUUCCGGUUGUGGACUCAUGGCCUGGGAGACUAACGUCGCUAGGUCCGUCAGAAGGACCAUCCCAGCGAUCACUGUCCCACCUGGCACACUCAGAAGAGUAGCUGCCAGCUGCGCACCAAAAGGAAACAUCCUCGAACACGUUCCACUUCGAGUGUGGUCAGACACAGCGGCCACCAUCUACCCCAGCUAUCCUCCACAAUAUCCAGACUUUAAGGUGUUUUCCGGGCAGGCACGUUGUCCGGGUUCUGAUCAAAGAACUUAAGCAGGAUAGUGGCCAAUUGAUCAGUUUCAUGUCGUUGUAGAAUUUGAAGAACUUGAGGUACUUCUUCACCGUCUCAUGUUCCUUUAUCCUGAUGUUGCUGUCAGCUAAGAUUGUCACAUCUAUCAUUAUCACUCUCUUCUGCUAUUUGUCCACCACCACAACGUGGUUAGCCUGUAGCAGUUUGUCAGUCUGAAAGCUGAAGUCCCAGAGAACCAUGCCCACCCUUUGUAGCUUGGCCCAUUGGGGUCUGGGCACUUCUACUCCAUACUGGGUACAGAUGUUCCUGUAUACUAUCCCAGCCACUUGGUUGUUCCUCGCCAUGUGCACUGAUUCAGCUCGCAUCUUACACCUUGCUACAAUGUGACAGACUGUCUCUGGAGCAUCUUUGCACAGCCUGCAACUCGGGUCUGGUCUGCUCUGGUAGAUCUUGGCCUCUACGGCCUGUGUACGUAGCGCCUGUUCUUGUCCAGCCAUGAUUAGAGCCUCUGACGUGUCUGUCCGUCCAGCAUACUCCAGCCACUGGUACGAUUUCUUGAUGUAUGCCACUUCGUCAACUUGCCAAUUGUACAGUCCAUGUAGGAACUUGUCUCUCCAGGUUGUUUGCUCUUCUUCUGCACUGUCAUGAGGUCUCUGCUGCCUGGGACAUUCACUUAGCAGCUUAUCUUUCGGGGGCCAUUUUCUUGAUGUAUUCUGGGGUACUUGAUGUCCUUGGCCUCCCUCUGUCCUCCUUGUUUAUCGUGUCAGGAUGCUGGACCACCAUGAUGAGGAGCUUUCUGGUCUUUAUACGUGUGGCUUCUACCUCCUUCUUUUGCUAGCUUAUUAUAGCAGCUGGUUGUUUGAUGACAGGUAGUGCGUACAUAGGAUUGCUACUACACCAACAAUCCUUGAGAAGAGGGACACAGCCCACUAUCAAGGCUAACAUAUAAACAAAGAGGCCCGGGUUGGUUUACAAUUGGACUUUUAAGAAUGAUUAUUUCCUGUCUUUUUGUCGUCAUUAAUUUGAUACUUUGUUCCAUGUUGUAUUCAUUUACUUUGUCAUGAAUUGUGUCAUUAUCUUCUCUUAAUUUAAGCGAAAAAGACAAUAUCGAGUUUUUUCUUCUUUAGAUGUUAUAUAGGGGUAGGGGAAAGCCAGAAAGCAAAAGACUGAGGUGACAUCACCCUACCUCCUUUUUAGGCCUGCCCAAAAAAUACUGAUGUUUCUGACAAAUAUCAAGAAAAGAUUCAGCAGAUACUGUAGAUUUAAUAAUAGGGCUGCGGCUAUCGAUUAUUUAAGUAAUCGAUUAAUCAAUCAAUAAGUUUGAUCAAUCGUGCUAUUGGGUAACAAACAUUUAACGUGUUGAAGAAUAAUUUUAAAAGGAUAUAAACAAAGAUAAGUCUUCAUAACUGAGCAUAGCUUCAAACGACAUUUAAAAAAUGGUCUAAGUGCAACAAAAUAAUAAUUUGUAAAAAAAUUUCUGUCAUUUGCAAAAAAAAAAAAAAAAACCCUUAGGCGAUCAAUUUACAAGUCAUUUUAUUACGCUUAUUCUAUCCACACCAGAUGUGACGUUAUUCAGCUGGGCAAACAGCAGAGAAGACAAUUUGUGCUUCUUUUCGACAAUAAAACCCUUAACACAAAACAAUUGGAGUUUAAAUUUCUAAUUGGUCGAAUUGAUAUUUACAUUUAGUAGAUCGAAUUAGCCUAACUUGCAUAAGUAAAAGUCAGCUAGCUUAAAUGCUAUAUAAUGCGAAUUUUUUUUUGUUUUACAAUUCUCUUAACAAAUCGUUAAAACACACAUUUCCACAAAAAAAACCUGCUAAACAUUUCUCUAAACCAAAUUACAAAUUAAACAAAAAUAUUAGCUGAAACAAAAAUGUACAGCCUUAUGUUGGAUUCAGCCAGUAGAUGAGUUAUGUCAUGUUCACUGUUGCCACCAGAGGGCAGUUUAUCCUCCCAAUUAAUUAAAAUAAAUGCAACAUUUUCAAACCAUUACAACACCAUUCUAAAUAAACAAAUCAUCAAAGCAGUAAAAUUGAUUUAAAAGCUUUUUUCUAAUCGAACUACUCUAUUUAAUCGAUUAAUCAUUGCAGCAAUAUUUAAUGUUAGGAUAGAAAAGAAAGCUUUUAUUGUCAUUGAACAGAUUACAACGAGAUUUUAAGCUUCACCAUAAUGUGCACCACAUAAAACAAAAGCAAAAGUACAAUCAGGCUAAUAUAAAAAAACACAGGUUACAGUAUACACAGAUUGUGAAUAAUGUGUAUAAAUGACUAGCAGCAAGUGGUGAUGUAGUGGUAGUAUAGCAGUGCGCAUAGACUUCAUAAUGAUUGAUGGGUCAGAUUCAACCUUCAGUGCAUCGCGCCUUCAAGUAGAGGGCCAUCCCACAAUCCGCUUCAGUUAUUUGCAGUCAGUCGCAGCGACACAUGCUGCGAUCCAAUGCCGGAUUUAUGUUUAAAAAGUACGAAAGCUAUACCGCAUACAAUCAGCAAGGAUUGUCUCAGCAGUGAUUUGUUCGAGGAUUCAAGGUAAUUAUUCGUACCAUGCAUGAAUUUUGAAAAGUUAUGAAAAAAAAAAAUCAAUGGGAGAAAUUAGCCGCUACAGCAUUGGCAUUAUACUUCGCAAUAUUUACGUGAAAUCAAUGCUACCUGCACAUUUGUUUUUGCUUUUAACCAAGAAUUGAGACUCUUUUACAUCCAUAUCUAUAAAGAAUUCAGAGAUUUAAGCAUUUUCAAGAAUUUUCAACGCAAAAACCUUUGUUUACAUAUGGCGGCCACUAAUUUCCUUGCUGACUAGCCUCAUAGUUUAUGGAAUCACAGGAGUGCCAAAAUUAUUUGGAAAUACAAAGACAACCAAUAAAAGGGAAUAUUUACAAACGUAGUCAUAUAACAGCAAUCAAUAAAACAGAACAUUUACAAAUGCAGAAAUGUAAAGACAGUAAAUUAAAGAGGACAUUUACAAAUGCAGUUGUAUAAAAACAAUCAAUAAAAGACAUCAUUUACAAAUGCUUUUCCAAUCGUGCUUUUGGUUAUUCUGUUUUGUUAUUGAGCAUGCUUGAAGGCUGACGCUGUCUGAGAAAAUCAAAAGCCCCGCCCAUGGCGACGCCUUCGGGCGGGGCAUUUCUUUUUCCGAUUGUGUGAUAUUUCAAGACGUUUUGUAAAAAGAAAAAUGCCCCGCCCCUAAUCUGUCCAGCCUGACUAGUUGAUGCCCGAUCGCACGAUUCACCACGACCUUAAACCAAGUGACGUCAACUACACGACGAGAAGAACAAAUCAACCAAAGGUCGUACGUUAGAAAUGGACAACGCAGAGGAUUUAAGGCAAGGUGUUCGGCAGCAACUUUUAACAAUAGCAAGGUAUGUGGAGGAAAAUGUAGAACCCGCCUACAUUUUAUGGAUGGUGGAGGAUGUUAUUGAAAGUCUUGGCCAAAUAUCUGCGCUGACCGACGCCGACGUCGACCCGAUCGUGUGGCAGAACCUGGCGGAGGUACGCAUGCAGCUAAAACUUGCAUGUAAACCAUCAGUACCUGGUCGACCUUCACUUGAAGUCUCCGUGGACAUAAUGGAGUCCUACAUACUGUCAGGAUUACCAGCUGCCAAAAUAGCUGAAUUGUUUGGAGUUUCAGUUAGAACAAUAAGACGGCGAAUGGCAUCACAUGGCUUGAAGAUGUCAGAUUUGUAUACUACACUGGGGGACGAGGAACUUGAUGUCAUGAUAGGGGAGAUCCAUAGGCAUAAUCCCAGAGCGGGGAUUAGGAUGAUCCAUGGUCUUCUGAAAUCACAGGGUGUCCACAUACAGACAUAUCGGGUCCAAAACUCACUACGAAGAGUAGAUCCUGAGGGUACUCUUGCACGACGAUUAUCAAUGCAUGUGUUGAAACGCAGAGCGUAUAGGGUCCCUGCUCCAAACAGUUUAUGGCACAUCGAUGGAAACCAUAAACUAAUUAGAUGGCGAAUAGUGAUACAUGCAGGAGUCGAUGGAUUCAGCAGGCUUAUUGUUUACAUAGCAGCAGCCACUGACAACAAAUCCACCACUGUUUUGGACAGUUUCUUGUCAGCUGUUGGUCAGUAUGGUUUACCAUCUCGUGUGAGAUCUGAUAAGGGUGGAGAAAAUGUUGCUGUGGCUCAUUAUAUGGUGAGCCAUCGAGGAAGCGGUCGCAAUUCCCAUAUCACUGGUCGUAGUGUCCAUAAUCAAAGAAUUGAAAGACUAUGGAGAGAUGUCUAUGGAAAUGUCCUUGACUUGUUCCACACAGUCUUUUUAAAUUUGGAACUGGAAGGGUAUCUUAACCCUGACGAUGAACUGGAGUUAUUCGCUCUCCACUGGAUCUAUGUCCCUCAACUUCAGCAGCAUCUUCAGACCUUCAAAGAAGCUUGGAACCACCAUGGAUUGAGGACUGAAAGAGGGCAAUCCCCUAUGCAACUGUGGCUUACUCAGCCACACGACGAAACUGCUGAUCCAGUUGAGGUAGCUGCUGAUUAUGGCAUUGACUGGACAGGACCUCACCCCUCAAACACAGAAGGUGUUACUGUACCAGAUGCACAACUUCCACGUCAGCUGACAGAAGCCGAAGUGGCAUCUUUACCCGAUCCUGCAGUCCCCCUCUCUGCUUCACUACAGGCGUACAUGCAAACGGUGUACAUUGUUAAGGAAAUUCUACAAACCUAAUUAAAAAAAAAAAAAAGAUAAAACCUAAUAAAUGUAGUGUGAUUUUUUUUUCUUGUCCUGAAUUGAAUGUCACCUGUUAAGAGAAACACUGAAACGAGAAAAUCCUUUUCUUAGUCAUUCCAAACACCUUUAAAAGGACAUUAAAAAUGUUAGUGCUCUUGUGACAAAUUGCAGCUUUAUAAUAAAUGCAUAUCAAAAAUUUUAUUUGGAAAUGAAGACACAGCAAACAGGUAAAGAACUGUUUUCAUUGCACUUUGAAACAUUUUAGCAUAACUUUUUUUUUUUCCAUUGUUAUUCUAAACACCUUGAGACACAAAAAUAUGCUCUUGAUUUUUAAAUACAUAAAAAAAUAAUCCAGUUGGAAAUAGCAGCUAACAGGUACAGAACUGUUUUUAUUGCACUUUGAAACAUUUUAACAAAACUUUUUCAGCAGCUUUUUUUCCAUUAAUGUCAUUCUAAACACCUUAAGACAUAAAAAUGCUCUUGUCGAUUUAUAAAUGCAUUAAAAAAAAAUCCAGUUGGAAAUAGCAGCAAACAGGUACAGAAGUUUUUAUUGCACUUAAACGCAACAACAAAACAUUUUUGGGAACAAUAAAAUGAACAAUCCAAAACUUCAAAAUUUUAAACUAAACAAGCCCAAACCCUGUUGGGACAGAACUAACUGCGGCGUUAAGAGCCUCACAAAAAUCUUCAUAUUUCGUAUAGUGUGACGGCAGCCUAAGAGUCUCCAUACACGUACUCGAUUGUGGCAUUUGUCCACGUACAACCUCUACAUAAAGAUUAUUUGGAGGAACUUCCCAUCCAUGCCAGAACUUCAGAAGCUCCUGCAGACAUUGUGAGGAUGCUAAGAAAGAAUUUUAGUCAUUGUAAGUUCAAGUACAUAGGUCAGGCACAUUUUAUGCCAUCCAUGCAAUUGCAUGUCCUGAAAAUUCAAAUAAUAAAAAGGCAGGAUAUGAUCUAUAGUUUGUUGAAAUUUCAAAAGGUAUGCUUUCUCAAUUUCAUUUUAAAAUUACAUUCUUACAUAAUGUUGCCAUCCAUCCAGCAUCUGCCGUUUAAUUCAGUGAGAAGAUCCAAUUACAACAGUAAAGUUCAAUAUUGAACAAUUUGUAAUUUUUACUUUAAAAUACAUUUAAUAAGGCACUUAGGUAAACGUAAUUAAAUGUAGUGUAGCUGGGAUAAAAAUAACGAUCUGCAAAGCCAAUUAAAGUUUAGAGGACAUAAAAAAUUAAAAAGUCUGGUUUAAAAACUUACCAUUUUCGAUGUAUUUUCUCAGAUAUCCAGUGAUGCGGCACUUUUCAUCCAAACUCGGGUCAUCAGUGUCGUCAUCACUGUCUGACUCCGCUGGCCAAAUUAUGCGUUCCAGAAGUAGCUGUACAAAUUAUAAAAAAUAUAUAUCACUAAUGCAAUACAGCAAGUAUUAAGGUUACAAAAAACCUUAAUACUUAGUUUAGAUGAUGAACAGUAUAGGCAUACACCUACUUGUGGUGAGUGCAACUCAGCACAGCUUCUUGGAAACAACAACUGCAUUGUGUCUGGUCUUUGUGUUACCAGAUCCAAAACACCUGUUGCUUUGAGUCCUUUUCGUAGUUGUUUUAUUUGAGUUUUUGACCUGGAAAGUACCUAUA